GAGAGAGAGAGAGAGAGAGAAAGAGAGAGGCUUUGACGCUUUGACGCUUUGAACACGCCUAGUCAGUACUAGCGUGAGGAAGUGAUGCGUGUCUCCUCCUCUAGCGCGACACGCCCAGUUCAGGAAAGCGCCUUUUUACGUCCUGGAAUCGUUUAAGAUAUGUCGUCAUUAAGUGGAAAAUCUGAUAAGGAGAUCAGUCAGCUCCUGGAUGAGUAUGGCAUCAAACAUGGGCCAAUAGUAGAAUCCACAAGGAAACUCUAUGAAAAGAAACUGAAAGAGGCCAUGGCCAAAAACACUAAGCCUUCCUCGUCUGACAAGACAUACUACAGAGAAGAACAGGAGGAAGUGGAAUAUGUUACCUAUCAUCAGCCUCCACAACCGACAAGACACGAUGGAUUUGGUGAUGUCAUAAGGAGGUCAAAGAUUACCAAUUAUAGAGAUGAUGAUGAUGUAGGCCAUACCAAUGAGCCCAUUAUCAGCCCAACUCGAACAACCUAUCAGAGUUCUUCUCGCCCGGGCCUGUCAGUCUCCAAAUCCAUCCAGCGUGGUGCCAGUCCAGAGACCAGCAAACCUGGAGGUGUGCCGGUGUGGCUGCGUGUCUUGGUCUUUCUUAUUAUUGCUGUGUUUCUUUAUUAUGUGUACACUUGUAUGGAACCUGCAGAAGAGACGCCCUUUAAAACCAUUAAGUAGAGGAGCAGCAGCGAGAUAUUUUAUAUAUGUUCAUCAGCCCCAAUCAAAACCCAACACUAUUUGGUACAUUGUUUCUAUUUGAUGUUUUUUUUAAUGAAUUCUGAGGUGCUGAAUUUAAAGCUGAGUAUAUUAAAGCAAUAAAGUACACAAGGUUAGACUAUUUUGUGAAUAAUAGUUACAGCUAAAUGUCAUUGUUAGGUACAAUGCAACACAACCGCUUCAAUCAAGACUAUAUUCACAAUAUAGUAAAGCCAUGGGUGCUUUAUUAUUAUUGUUAAAGUCUUUAAUUACUAAGGAUAUAAACUGUAUAAAUAGAAAUCAUUUUUAUUAACUCUUUCCUCAAUGUUUUUUAAAAAAGUUGCUAACCACCGCCAGCAUUUUUUUUUUUAUCAUUUUCACAAAACUUUCAUGGCCCCCAGAAUAUUUUGUUGUAUGAAGAUCUGAACAUGCAAUAUAACCCCAAAAAGAGUAUAUUCUUAAAAAAAAAAAAAAAAAAAAAAAUUAUUCUAGCUUCAUGCAUUCUUUUUUUAUCAACACUUGUCAUAAAAAGCAACAUUUCGAGUUGUGAAAAAAGCUUCUUUUUUCUUUCAAAGAUUAAAAAGUGUAUUAGCAAUGCUUUUAUCACUUGUUUCUGUUUUUUUUGUACGGAGCCCCGCACAUGACAUCCAGGGAAAAAAUAGUAGGCUAGUAGUAUGCGCACAAUUUAGUAAAUCCAGAGAACGACUUAGUAAAGCGUGCGCACGAUUUACUUUUUUCCCCCCUGCAUGUCAUGUGCGGGGCUCCAUAUUUUUGCAUGUGUUUUGAUUCAGAGAUUCUGUACUCUUUCAGAAAAUUAAGUAAUAGCGCCCCCUACUGUAUAACAGUAAAAACACGGAAAGCCUGAAAAUUCCGUCAAUGGCAGGGAAGCGUUGUCUCAUAAAUGGUGGUAAAUUCGGUCAGUGGUGGGGAAAGAGUUAAACAGAUUCAUUAACUAGCCUUCUGCUAGACAGUAUUGUCCAUGACAUGUAAACACUACUUUUUAAUGUUAUAUAUAGUGUACCCAAAAAGUAUUUGGACAACUUAAGCCAAAUUACAGUAUACAGAGAUGAGCCAAAACAUUAUCUCUAUCUGGCACCAAGACAUUACCAGCAGAUCCUUAAAGUCCAGUUACUUGCGAAGUGGAGCCACCGUGGAUCAAACUUUUUGGUCCAGCAUGUUCCACAAAUGCUCAAUCAGUUUGAGAAAUUAUCAACAUUUUUCCAUUUCACCUGUGUCUGGUCAUAAUGUUUUGGCUCAUCAGUGUAUGAAUGUCACUGCAUUUAAUUGUUAUUAGAUAAUGACAAAUGAAUGCAAUGCAAUGUUGAUGUAAAGCUUUUCUCAAUUUGCAAAGUAAUUGCACAUACAGAAUGUGUCCAAACACUUUUGUCUAAUAAAUUUGAGCAGUAGUUUAUCAUUCAAAACUAUACAAACUUAUUUUUGUAAAAUGUUUGCUUGCUGUCUUUUAAAAAAAUGCCACUUUGAAAUUACCUAAUAAAAGUGAUAUUUGUUAAAAAAAAAAA